AGGAGCACAUUUGCCCUCUGUCCAUUAGAGUCAAGCAUAAUAUGUAGACUAUGCAUUUACAUGCAUGUACUACCAAAGAUACUACUAUUGUCUCACUCAUACAUAGGCCAUUACCAACUUAGGAUUCUUACUGCUUCCCACGGAGAUGCGAUGACUCCAUUUUAGCUCUUCAUUUCCCUGAGUGUCUAGAAUUUAGAAUUGAUGACAUGUGCAUGGAGGAUAUCAUAGUCAUCUCAAUUCUUAGAUAAACAUUGUCAACUUGCAAAAAUGGACAGUAACUCCACCAGCUUGAUGAGUUUCAGUGAUUCCGAAGUAGGAUAUUGGCUUUCCACCUCCAUGUCUGAAGAGGAUCUAGAGAGCCAUGCUCCCCUUUUUGCUGACCAUGAAUCAAUCAGUGAACUCUUAGAGUGUUCCUCGCUAGGAGGUUCGUCUGCUUUUGGUGGAUCUGGCGGGAUGCAAGCGGAGCAACGAGAUGUGCCAAGGCCCAGGACCCGGUUCAUGUCCCUAGAUGUUACUGGCUCUACCCCAAGUAAUCUUCUUAAACGAUCUCAUAGCAAUCCAAAGAGAUCAUCCAAACCCAAAGGUGUGAGUCCUUUGGCAAGGUUCUCAUCUCCACCGGAACAGGUCUGGGUUCUUGAUGAGGAAAGGCGAAAGGCUGCUGAUCAACCCCGUACAAGCAGCACCGAGAAAAACCUAAACUACCCUUCAAAGCCUACUCCCUCCAAUGUGGCUCAGCACCUUUUGAACCGAGGAAGCAGUGAACGAAUAAAGGGAGACCGGAGUGCCAUGAUGUACCCUCAGAUUAUCUCCAGGGGUACAAGUAGACAUCUCCGAAGUUGUUCUGCAGAGAAUCUACCUGCAAUCCCAAACAGAGGAAGUGGUUCUGAGGCCAAACCAGGUAUGGAAGCUCGUAGCAGCUCAAUGAAUGACAUUGUAAGGAUGGAUCCAUCACUCCAGAUUCCAGUGAUUGGAGUCGAGGAACCUUCCGACCAAGAGGACCAAAAGACGUCAUCUGACCGUGAAGAUGACAAGAUCCAAUCCAAAGGGACCGAACAACCCAAAUCUCCUGUCAGCUCUCCACCUCUACCGAGAUUCUUGAAUCCAGACCUGGCAAAACGACUGUCACUUCCUAAUGAAGGGAGUGGCAGUAGUCUAUCUACUAGAACUGGAAGUGACAGUGAUCUUAGUUACACUGGUAGUAUUACACCAGAUAUUAAUGAAUGCAGGAGAAAUGUUGGAGAGAGAGGUCAAUUACGUAAAAGCAGUUUACGGAAGAAAUCAAGACCCCAUGACCCCACCCGCCAUGUCCAGCUGGCUCUGGAUAGCGUGAAGGAGGAGGGAACUCCCCCAACGCCAAGAAAAUACAAGAAACGAGAUGAUGGGCGGCCAAGGGUCCAGAUACGGAUCGGGGAUGAUGAAGAAUCUGAUGAGGAAGGGGACAAGGUGGACUGUGGAAGCGAUGACCCAAACGAGAAUGGCUACAGUGGAAGGAGGAAAGGGAAUGUUAAUGUUACUCAAGAGAAAUUUCCCAUCAAUACAAAGAGAGCACAUGAACCCCAUGAGCUCUUUGUACAGCUUGACUCAUGGCAGUACAACCAGAAUCAGUCUGAAGAAGGGUUUGUAGAGAAGAUAUGGAAAGAGACUGCAAGAUGGAUCAAGUUUGAGGAAGAUUGGGAGCCUGGAUCAGAGAGAUGGGGUAAACCUCAUGUAGCAUCACUUACAUUCAAUAGCUUGCCACAGCUAAGGAAGGGGCUUGAAAAUGGCCUGAUGCUUCUUGAUUGUCAGAGGACUACCUUACAAGGCAUCUUUGAUGCUAUACUAGAUGGGCUUGAAGAAGAACAUAACAUGGGAAGGAAUGAUCGUAUGCUUAUCUCAAAGAUGCUCAGGGCUAGCGCUGGAAGCUCUUAUAUGCAACAUAGAUUGCUAAGAGGAAGUGUGAAUAGCUACCAAGAUGAGCAUACUGGUAUCGUGAGAGCAUCUAUAAGACGUCUUUCUACCAUUGCUGACUUCAGUCACCAUCAUCGUAGUUCACAUCCACAUCAGAAUCAGCUCAACUCCAACCACUUCCCUGUCAGUCGAUCCAUGAGUGCUAUGGAUGGUACAGGCCAUAUCAAUGGCAAUGGGUUUGUGGAACCAGAAUCCAAGACUCCGAUGAUUGAAGACAUCCAACAGCAGGAGAAGAUCACACACCUCAAGGUGAAUAACGACAACGGGUCAGCUAUCAACAGGAACCUCUCUGCAGCUACACUAAGUGCCCUUCAACAACACAGGACUGAUGGCAUUAUUAAGAAGAUACCACCAGACUCCGAGGGGGCUCUGGUCCUUGUUGCUAAGGAAGAAUACCUUGAACAACCAUACAUGGUACUGGUCAGGCUGGAUGAACCUAUACUCUUUGAAAACUUAUUGGAAGUCCCUAUUCCAUUGAGGUAUGUAUUUGUGGUAACUGGUCCUCCCAUGCCAACCCUCAACUACCACGAAGUGGGUCGAGCCCUUGCCACGCUCUUCUCCGAUGAGGUGUUCAGGAACAUUGCCUACUCUGCCCGUGAGAGGAAGGACAUCCUAGUGGGGAUCAAUGAGUUUCUCAACGACACCAUGGUGCUGCCACCAGGAGAUUGGGACAAGGAACUACUGAUGCCAAUCACAAGGUUACAGAAGAGAGAACAAGAGAAGGUGAACAGGAGAAGAAAGACAUUGAAGUUGAAGGAAGAGGAUACAGUGGCCUUGCAGCAUUUCCUUACGGCGGAGAAGGUGCAUGGGGACCCCUUGCAACGCACAGGAUACUUGUUUGGUGGUCUCUUCAAAGAUAUCAGAAGAAGAUAUCCUCACUAUCUCUCUGAUGUCUUAGAUUCCUUUAACAUCACCUGUCUGGCUGCCUUUGUCUUUCUCUACUUCGCUUGUCUCUCACCAGCUAUUACAUUUGGUGGUAUCUUAGGUGAAAUGACGCAGGGUUAUAUGGGUGUGUCUGAGAUGAUCAUCUCAACAUCUCUCAACGGCAUCAUCUUCUCACUACUCUCAGGACAACCUCUCAUCAUCAUAGGUCCUACUGGUCCAGUGUUGGUCUUUGAAGAAAACUUAUUACUGUUUUCCAAGCAGAUGAAUAUUGAGCUGUUACCAUUCCGUGCAUGGAUUGGUAUAUGGACGUUUCUUAUAGCAACCAUCUGUGUAGCAGUAGAGGGCAGCGUUCUUGUCCGACAUUUUACCAGAUUUACUGAGGAGAUAUUUGCCCUUCUCAUUUCUAUCAUCUUCAUCUAUGAGACCGUCAGUGGACUCAAAUAUGUGGCUUGUCAGAACCCCUUUCAGGAGAACUACUGCCUGGCUGAUCUGAACAGCACAUACCCUCCCAUAUACAACUCAUCUAGUAUCUAUGCACGGCCCACCGACAUCGUCCAGCAGUUCAACGUCACAACCUCCCCCAUCCCUAGCUCCGUCACCAGCUCAUCAUUAUCACAUGGACUGGAUGAACAUGUGACAUACUUUGACAUUAUGAUGAAUGCUACUGAUCAUUAUGGAGAUGAUAAAUACAGUGGGAAAUCUGGGAAGAAAAAGAAGAAAUGUUAUGUACCUUCUGGUUGGGAUCCCAAGCCUAACACCACACUCAUGUCAAUCAUUCUUACAUUUGGAACAUUCUUUAUAGCGUUCUUCAUCAGGCAGUUCAGAAAUAGCAGAUUCUUGGGCAGAACGUCAAGAAGAGCAUUUGGUGACAUAGGUAUCGCUAUAGCAAUCACCGUCAUGGUUACCGUAUCAUACUUCACCAAGAAUGUCUAUCUUCAGAAACUAACCAUAGGGACUGGUUUUGCUCCUACGGAUCCAUCCAAGAGAGGUUGGUUUAUCAAUCCUAUGGGUGUAGAUCAACCCAUGCCAAUGAUAGCCAUCUUAGGUGCUUCAGUACCAGCAUUCCUUGUCUUCAUCCUUCUAUACAUGGAGACACUUCUUACAGGGGUCAUUGUUAACAAGAAGGAGCACAAAUUGAAGAAAGGCACUGGUUUUCAUCUUGAUAUGUUUAUCAUGGGAUUCUUGACAGCUCUAUCAGGAAUCCUAGGUCUACCUUGGAUGUGUGCUGCUACAGUCAGAACAGUCUCUCAUGUAGCUAGUCUAAGUGUCAUGACUAGGACUGAUGCUCCAGGUGUGAAACCAAGAUUAGACCACAUCAAAGACCAAAGAAUGACCAAUUUCUUUGUUAGUCUUGCCAUAGGUUUAUCAUUAUAUAUGGCACCAUUGUUGAGAGAGGUACCGAUAGCUGUACUUCUAGGAGUCUUCUUAUACCUUGGACUCUGUUCAUUGAGUGGUCUCCAAAUGAUAGAAAGAAUUAAAGUCUUCUUUAUGCCAAGCAAACAUCAUCCGGAUGUCAAGUAUAUCAGAAUGGUAAAAGCAUGGAAGAUCCACCUGUUCACAUCUAUACAGCUUGUAUGUCUAGUAGCCGUCUGGAUGAUCAAGACGUCCAUCGUCGCUAUCUGUUUCCCAUUCUUCUUCAUUCUUCUUGUGGCAAUCCGUAGGCUCAUGAGGUUUAUUUAUACUGAUCAAGAGUUGGAAGCUUUGGAUGACGAAGAAUCUGAAGAAGAAAUCGAUGGAUCUAUGGGUGAUGAAUACCAAGCCACCCACAUGCCUGUUUAGAUUUACACCAAGAAACCAAAGCUGAAAGAAUAUGUGAAAUUACAAGCACCAUACAUUUGUGGUAACUGUAAGGUAGUACAGUAUUGAUUGAGGAAGUGUGCAAUGUCUAUUCUUGUUCUUGUCUGUACCAUUUAGGAGAUACAAGCUCAGCAAAAUAACUGGGUCACUUAACUUGCUUGAAUAUAUAGUGUUGAUUGUGCUGCUCGGGCGAAACACAGAGUAAAGUGAAGGAUUUUAGAACAAUGAAUAGGCAAAGAAUAUGAGCUUGAGUAGCACAACUUGCUGUCAUUAAUUAAAUACACCAGGGAGGUGUUUUCACAAAGUAAGUAUGACUUAAAGUCAUGCUUAAAUCUCAACACAAAUCUCACACAUAUUAUUCAAUGCUUAAUCUGAUUGAUGGAUACGCUGUAAUGAUCUGACCAAUGCGAUGAUGCGUUGUAUGCCAUACGCAACUGAAAUUUAUAAGUGACUCUAAAUCCUGGGCCCACUCCUUUUUUUUAUUAUUCAUAAAGGAUUUACCCCAAUAUUCAAAUAUGCUCAACUUUGUGUUAUUCACAGAUGACAUGUGUGUUUUUAUGUCUGGUGAAUAUUGAAUAGUUUGUACCAUUUAUAUCAAACUAGAAAUCAUAGCAAUUGCUAUCCUCCUUUGCCAUAUACACUCUUAACCAAACUAUCUGUGUGUUUUUUUUAAUACUUUGGACCACUCUUUUGGAAUUAAUUACCCAAUCCUGUUAAAUUGUGUAAAUUUUAAAUCAAUUUGAAUGAGCAUAACCCUGGGAUAAAACACCUGUAAGCUUGGCUUUCCUUUCAUUGUGAUGACCCCCCUCCCCCUCUCCCCUUUCUUUUGGAUCUAUUUGUAAUUAUGUUAAUAUUGUUAUUGUGCUAAUUCUACAUGUAUGAAUAUAAUUUUUGUUAUCAGUAUGGGGCCAAUUUAUUCAACAGUUGUGCUUCCUUUGACCCCCUCUACAUGUAGAAUAUCUUGUUUUGUCAAUGAUUUGUGUAUAUAGUUUUUAAUUGUGGAAAUAAAGUUGAAUUGAAUUGAAAAGAGAUACCAACUUAGCAGACAUACAUGUACAGCGUUCUAAUGCCGCAGUGACAUAUAAUAAAUCUAUGAUGACCAAUUAAUUUAGUGCAGUAUUGUUUUAACAAUGAUUGUACAAUAAUAUGGGUCAUUAAAUGGCGAUCAAAGAUUUACCAAGUGAUGGGUAGUACACGUGUGUAUGUAUAUAUAUCCUAAUCAAGGUGUGCUUGUAAAAGAAUUAUUGCAAAUAUUUGCAAUCAUGAUUUUGUGCAGUAUUGGGGUAUAACAUGUUGCUUAUUACCUGUGGAAUAAUGAUGACACCCCCCCCCCCAUAUGCACGAGUAACUGUGCAAUUUGGUGAUUUCCAAGUAUUGAAAUAUCCACUCAAUAGAAAUCAAAGAAAAAGUAAUCAUUUAAUGCAGGCGGUCCUUCAUAUAUUAGCAGUAACACAAAAUUAUAUGAAAGGGAACAAAUAUGUUUUGGACAGAUAAUCCUCCAAGAUUUGAUGAAGAGUGAAGAAGUUUUUAAUGUGAUAACAUCCAGGAUUUGCCAUUUCAACAUAAAAAUCAUUGUAUGCACAAAUUAUUCAAUGUAACCAUUCAGAAUUGUUACCAUAAACUUUGCAAUUAAGCCUAGCUGAUUACAUAAUGGCAUUUCCAUGUUCACACCGAGACUGGUAUGGCAAAAAGUGCAGCAGGGAGUAUGCCUGACCUAAAAUGUUAUUUGAUUAGGGUGGGACUUAAAAAAAUAAAACAAAUAUUUGAAUGUGUCACAACAAAAACUGAGCAAAUGGGUUUAUACUUUUCUUUUUUAUGAAAUAAGGAAAACCUUAUUUUAUUCAGUUAAUGUUUGUUUCUCAUGUCAAUAUACUUUUUUAGUUUAAAAUUCCACACAAAAAUAUAAAUAUCUGUAUCUUGUUGACACAAUAAUUGUUUUGAAAAUACUUAUCAGUUCUAUAUAAGUGUCAUUGAUUCUAUAUCAUCAUCUUGUCUUUAUAUUUCAAAUUUAGCCUGGCCCAUUGGAUUUGAAUGAUAACAUUGAUGAUAACUAUUGCUUUAUUAUUUAUUUUGUAAUAUGUGACUUAUACAAGAACAUGUAGGGCCACACUUUGCUAUCAUUUUCAAGAUUGAAAUGUGGGCUUCCACAGUGCAGAUAUCAUAUUGAAUUAUUUGGAAACCCCAAACUCUUAUCCUGUAAAUAGUUAUCAGAAUGCAGUUUAUAUAUUCCCUUUUUAAGGAAAGCAAAAUGA